AUGCAGCCGGUCGUCGCCACGCAGGAAGAGAAAGACCAGCUUCUGACCACCAAUUGCUGGAUCACGCAGAUCUGGAUGGACUACCACCUGCGUUGGAACGUCAGUGAAUUUGGUGACAUCAGCGUCGUCCGAAUACCUUACGAGAGGGUCUGGCGGCCGGACAUCAUACUGUACAACAACGCGGAUCCCAAUUACCGGUCGGCAGUGAUCAAUACGAACGUAAUAGUGAAGUACACAGGCGAAGUAACUUGGCUUAGCCAUGGUAUCUACAUUUCAGUCUGCGACAUCAACGUGGAGCAGUUCCCUUUUGAUGUCCAACUCUGCACGAUGAAGUGGGCUUCCUGGACUUAUGACGGAUUUCAGUUGGACCUAAUAAAGCAAUUCGACGAAGGUGAUACAACAAAUUACCAGACAAACGGCGAGUUUGACCUCGUGAGCUUCGAAGCUAUCCGGCACAAUCAAUAUUACUCUUGCUGCGUGGAGCCUUAUCCUGACAUCACUUAUGUUAUCAAACUGAGACGAAGGCCCAUGUUCUACGUCUUCAACCUCAUUCUGCCCUGCCUACUGAUCAAUGGAAUUGCGUUACUGGUAUUCUACGUGCCGUCGGAGUCUGGCGAGAAGGUCACAUUAGGCAUCAGCGCUUUGUUGUCUAUGACGGUCUUCCUCAUGACCAUUCGAGAUACUCUACCGCCUACGGAGAAAACGCCACUCAUCAGCUUGUAUUACGGAGUCAGUACGUGUCUCGUAUCGUUUUCAGCAUCUCUCUCCGUGGUCACGCUCAAUAUAUCUUACAGAGGAGUGAGAGGGCAGCCGGUGCCGGCCGUUCUGCGCGACCUCGUACUGCAGCGGCUCGCCCGCCUGCUCUUCAUCAACUUUGAUACUGACUCACCAAAGGGUGACAACAGCGGUGUGGUAGCCGGUGUGCAGGUGAACCCGCGCACUGGUUCGCGACUCAAGGCAGAGGCGCGCUGCGACGGCGCGCCUCUCCCUCCGGCUUCGCCGCGCUUCGCCCGACACAACCACAAUCAUCUUGCAGGUGGAACAGCGUCAAGUACGGGAGGCAGUUGCAGCAGCAAUACAUGCGCCGACGGUGGCGAAAUGACUUGCGCAGGCGCUUGCCCGCGUUGUGUCUGUUGCGGCUGUACGUUGCGCGAAGCCGCCGCCAAACACGAGCAGCGAGUCGCCGCUAAUGAACGCCUCGAGCGUGCUAACCUUGAGUGGAAACAGGUGGCCGUUGUCGCAGAUCGCGCAUUACUCGCGGUCUUCGUACUGGUGACCACUAUCUCUACAGCUGCUAUUCUGCUACCGCAACUAAACAACCUGCACGUUGGAAAUACGCCUCUGAAACCACCGUCCUAGAAACCAUUUCUCCCUAUGAGGGAUUGAACUAUAAACCACUAAAAUCUUCCUUAACAGAUUGUAUGCCAAGCUCGCGUGCCAAAAUGUUUUUAAAAGAUUUUUGAUGACGACUUUGUAUGUCGUUAGCGAUCAGUGAUUGACGUUAUAACAAGUGAAAAAGUGAAACGAUGUGUAGCUUGUCUUUUAUGAGCGCCUUCAAUAUAGACGCUUAUAGAAGCGCUGCAGUGACGUGUCUGUGGCGCUGCGACCGCGCCACUAUUAAUUUUUAUACUAUAUCUGGAAGAUCAGUCGCAACAAUUAGUGAAUAAAGGCUGCGGAACAGUCGUUUUAUUUCAAUACUGUUUCUACGGUCACGUAGCCGUCGCGGUUGCGGAACAGUUCGCAAACUUAUAUUAUAUAAAUAGAGAAUGUCGCGGGCCAACUGACCGCAGAGUGCGCGGGCGUUGAUCGCCAAUCGCGCGGGUGACCGCGUCUCGGGCGGUUCUACAAGUACCCCGCGGACGUUGCGGCUACCGCGAGUAACCGUCCCCGCCAGGGGCGACAAAACGCGUCGAAAAUGUGCUGCUAAAUUUUACAUACAUAUAUACAUUCUCCGGAGGUCGCAGUCCCGCAACCACGGCGGGGAUAAAAAUCGCUCCAUGAGUUAUAAGUGUCAGACUUAGCAGAUGAGUGCCGCGACACAGUAGCCCCACUACAGCACUUCUAUAAGCGUCUUAUUUGUAGGCGCCCUAAAACAAGCCUAUCGGUGAAAUAAAAUAAAAACACAGUCGCAAAUGUUCUAAUGUGGUGCGUGUUUAAUGUAAUUUGAAUUAAAUCAGAGUUUAUUAAUUUCACUUAAAAGUGGAAAUGAUUCGUAGGUAACUCAAGGGUAAAUCAGUAACGAAUAGUGUAACAAUAAUAGAUAAUUGUUGUGAAUUAAUACGUAUUGACGUUAAGCUAGUUGACACGCUGAAAUC